GGGAGGACAGUUGCAUACAUGAUUACAGCUAAAAAAACUCGAUCACAGUAAAGAAGUGUUUUUUGAUUGGUGCAUACAACACGCUGUAGUGGGUGGUCGCAGCAGUCAGGUUGAGGGAUAUAGGCUUCAACUCGACUGCUAGCGACUGUAAUUUCAUGCUCCGCUUUCGCUAUAGAGUACCGCCCACUAAGGGACUGGCCUCCUUCAAGCGGACACAGUAGGGAAGUCUGCAAAUUAGAGCCGUUUGGGUUUGUGAGGAAGCUAUCAUGAGUGAGGAAUUCCCAGAGCCAGGAGAAAUCACAGCAUCUCUCUGUUUCUGCAUAAGCUGACCGGGGAACCCCCUAUAUAAGACGCAUGCACUCGCUCUCUUUUAUAGCUCGUUGGUUUCCUUUGUGCCAGAACUCGCUACUGUUUCCCUGGUGUCACCAAUCCUUGUAUACCACAAGCUGUAAUUCACCUCACAACCCACUUUAUUAUUUUAAAUUUAAGUCCACAUCCACCUUCUUCCCCAUUACUCAAACUAUAACCCUCAGGUCCAGUUUCAUUGUCAGUGCUAUCUUGUCACGGUACACACCCCCAUGUAACCGCAGGAUGCGUAUGUGCUUCUGUGUCUGUCACUUCCAGACCGUGAUCUCUGGUAUUUACCCUCCCAUUGUCAUUAAUAUCUGUCAGCUCUCCUCCCCCUAUCACUGUUAAAUCGUCCAGCCUCCCAUAUCACUCGUGCCCUUCCCCUUCUUGCAUUGCUGCUGUCUAAUUCAUCUCCUCCCCGGGGGUCUGUGUCAGGUCUUUCCUUCCCGCAUCUCCUCUUUUCUUUCCUCCGUGUAUCCUCCUCCCCCCCUCCCGUCACCCGAUGGGAUUGCCUUCCCGGAGUUAUCAGGCCGCCCGGGAGCUCCGCUGAGAGCAGCCUUUAUCUCCCCCGGGCAUCAUGCGGCCGCUGUUGCGGAGGCUGCUACGGGUCUCCAAUCGAUCCAUCUUCGCCUUCCUGUUCUUCUUCUCGUUGUCAUCGUCUUGCCUGUACUUCAUCUAUGUGGCCCCCGGAAUAGCAAAUACCUACCUCUUCAUGGUACAAGCUCAAGGCAUAAUGCUCAGAGACAAUGUUAGAACAAUCGGGCAUAUAAUACGACAGUACACCAGUAAAAACACUACACUCAAUGGAACAGAUUAUCCUGACGGUACCAAUGCAACUGACCUUACUGCUCAGGCCCCAGUAUUUCUACCUGAGAACUUCACAUAUUCUCCUCACCUUCCAUGUCCAGAAAAGCUGCCUUUUAUGCGUGGACAUGUAAGUGUCAAUAUGAGUGAAAUUACUUUGGAUUAUGUAAGUGAGCUAUUUUCAAAGAAUAUGAAUAUUGGACCAGGUGGCCAUUGGAGACCAGUGGAUUGCACUCCAAGAUGGAAGGUGGCCAUUCUUAUUCCAUUUCGCAACCGACAUGAACACCUCCCUAUUUUCUUCAGACAUCUUAUACCAAUGCUGCAAAAACAGCGUUUGGAAUUUGCCUUCUAUGUCAUCGAGCAGGCAGGUACACAGACUUUCAACCGUGCAAUGCUAUUCAAUGUUGGCUUUAAAGAAGCUAUGAAAGACAGAAGUUGGGACUGUGUGAUCUUUCAUGAUGUGGAUCACAUUCCUGAAAAUGAUCGAAAUUAUUAUGGAUGUGGAGAAAUGCCACGUCAUUUUGCAUCAAAACUUGACAAAUAUAUGUACAUCCUUCCCUACAAUGAAUUCUUUGGCGGUGUUAGUGGCUUGACCGUGCACCAGUUUAGAAAGAUAAAUGGAUUUCCCAAUGCCUUCUGGGGAUGGGGAGGUGAAGAUGAUGAUCUGUGGAACAGGGUCCAUUUAGCUGGUUUUAAUGUGUCUAGACCAGAAGGGGAUAUAGGAAAAUACAAGUCAAUUCCUCAUCAUCAUAGAGGAGAAGUCCAAUUUCUUGGCCGGUAA